AUAUAUAUAUAUAUAUAUAUAUAUAUAUAUACAUGGAUUUUUGAAAUACCUUGAAUUACAGGAAUAAAAGUGCAUAAAUAAACUAUUUCUGCAGCCGAUUCACACACAUUCAUUCAUUCAUUUGUAUCAGCAUAUACCAUUAACCUAAUAUCAAUCUAUUACAAGACUGAUCAAUAGUGUUUUUUGAUAUAUAAAAAAAAUCACAGUAUACAUAAACUUGAUCAGAUUGUGUUUUUUUUCUGGGUGAAAGAGAAGAUAAAAUUCUAUUUGGUAUAGUUAUUUUCAGCCCUAAUCAUCAAUGAGUGUUCUACUCAGUAUGCAAAAUUCGCAAACUAUUGCUAAUUUACCAAAAUAUAUGAUUGGUUCGAAUUAUCCUACAGGUAUAUCUGAUUUUAUCAAUAGUAGGCGUAAUGUUGGUAGUCGUUGUGGAGGUGGCGAUGAUGAUGACGAUGAAGACGGUGAAAGGGGGAAUCAUUCAACGAUAACUAGCUAUUCUUUACUUCAAUCGGAUAAUGAAUUUGUGAAUAUAUCUAAUGACCAUAGAUAUGUGGAUUUAUAUAUGAGGCACACGGCGAUAGCAUCAACAUCAUUAUCAUCGACAAUAACAGAUUCAAUAAAUAAUUUUAGUGGAAACUUUAUAACACAAUCUCAACAUCCUCAUCAACAACAAAAUCAUUCAUCACCAACUUCUACACUAUCACAAAACUCUCAUCUUUCAUCGGAUAUCAGACGUUUACCAGUGGAGUUGAAUUCACAAUUUCAAACUGAUCAAAAUAGUCAAUUAUUGUUAUUUAAAGGUAAUUCUGAAGGUGUUCUGGAUAUUUUAGAAACUUCCAAACAAUUGGAUAUUGACUUGACAUCAACAUUCUCAAAUACUAUUGGUCAUCAGCAUCAAUCAUCAUCUUCAUCUAUUUCACAUCAUCAUCCACCUCUACAAUCUAAACAACGGCAUAAUUUUUCUGAAUAUCACCAAAAAAUGUUAAAUUUAUCUUCCAAUUCAAUGGAUGUAUAUAACAAUCAUAAUAAUCAUAAUAAUAAUAGUACUACUACUAGUAGUAGUGGUAAUAAUAAUAAUAACUCAGAUAUAGAAAAUUCAUGUCUUUCAAAUUAUUCGCACUUUAUUCAAACAAAUCGAAGAAACAUGGAGAUUUUCGAAUUUGCCGCAUUAGAUGAAAUGAAUAUGGCGCACAAUUCAACUUUUCAACAACAACAACAACAACUUGAUGAAUGCCAUGAUGAUUUAUAUCAAAUGUCUAAUUCAUCAUGGAAAUUUAUAAAUACUGAACAAUCUGCUGCUAUUGAUAGUACUAAUAUUGUAAAUAACAGUAGUAAUAGUAAUAGCUUAAUUGUUAAAUAUCCUAAUUUUACUCCAACAAGAGAAAAUACUACUACAACUGAUAAAAUUGCUAGUAGUAAUGGUAGUAAUGAUGAAAGAAUGCAUAUGAAUAAUAUUCAUGCAUUUAACUCAUUACAUCAUCCUCUUCUAGGCAGUCAUUUACCAACUAAUCAUCCACAUCAUUCUAAUCUACCAUUUGUACCAACAUCAACAACAGAAACAAUACCAUAUUAUUUAUCCUUAAAAUCAUCAUUAUCAUCACCAUCACCAAUAAGAACAGCAGUACCAACAGUAUCAAUAAAUAAUCAGCAUACCUUGCAAAAUUCACAUCAGUCGAACAAAAAUGAACGUUUAUUAAGUAAAUAUUCAAACCAGACUAUAACAAAUUCUAUUAAUAAUAGUAGUAAUACCAAUAAUAAUCGUCAACCAAAUUUAAAUGUCAUCUAUCCAUGGAUGAAACGUGUACAUUCAAAGGCAUCUAGACAGACCAUUGGAAAGUCUAUUAACGUUAAACAUCAGAUUAAGAAACAAACUGCAUUAGUGAAUCCAAUUCAACAUUUAGAAACCAGUGAAAUAAUUGAACACCAUCAACACCACAUAGGACAUUUCGAGCAUACAGAGUUGAAGUCCAGUACCAAAUCCAUGGGUACUGAUCAGUUGAGUCUGAAUGAACCAUUAUCUCCAUCACUUUCAGUGUCUCAAGUAACACCGACAACAGCAAAGAUUACUGCAAAAAUAAACACAAUUGGUCAAGUUAGUUGGACAAGAGAUGAUCAUGGUCAUCAUCACCAUCAACAAGAACAACAACAACACUUGACAGAAUUAUCCACAGAUUCAAUUACUUCGUCUAAAUGUGCCAUAGACCCUUUGUCUUCAUCUUCUAUGGAUGAAACAGAUGAUAUAUGCUAUAUGAUGAGUCAGACGAACGAUCCAAAACGUACACGUACCGCAUACACUCGUCAACAGAUAUUAGAAUUAGAAAAAGAAUUUCAUUACAACAAGUAUUUAACACGUAAAAGACGAUUAGAAAUAGCGCACACAUUGACACUAUCAGAAAGACAAAUCAAGAUCUGGUUUCAAAAUCGUCGAAUGAAAUGGAAGAAAGAGCAUCAUUUACCGGGAAUGAAACAACGAUUAAUUGAGUCAAGAUCACCAAACGCAAAUCUGAAUAAAAGUCAUAAUAGCUUCAAUAAUACUGUUAUGAUAAACACUGCCACUACUAAUACUACUACUACUAUUAAUAAUAACAAUAACAGUAGUCAAGAUGUUUUGUCUCAUCGUAAUCCGGCAUUUCAAACAUCAUCAACAUCCGCAUCAUUACCGUCUAAUCCAUUUCAAAUAAUGACACGAAAUUUAAAACCAUGUAAUUCACUAGAUUCAAACAACUCAGUCAAUUGUUCAAUAGUUUCUACUAUUGAUAAUAGUAGUACAGUCGCCACAUCAUUACCUGAUCAGUGGUCAUCUAUGAUUUCAAGUAAUCUACACACUUAUAGCAGUACAGUAGUAACCAAUACACUUUAUCCUUCUUCUCUACCACCUUUGCAACAUCAUUCUUAUCAACAGAAUCGUCAUGGAGGUGGAAUUUAUAAUCCAGUCGGUAGGAAUAGUCCAAUUUUAUCUGACUAUAUUUCACCUGUAAUGAACUCUGAUCAUCCACAUUUCCAUUCAAAUCAAUUACACACCAGAGAAAGUCAUCUUAAUGGCAACCAUAACAACAAUAGUAAUAAUAAUAAUAAUAAUACUGUCAAUGUUUAUCUGGUUACCACUGCCGGUAACAAUAGAACCAGCGAUCCAAGAUAUCAUACUACAUCAAUAAAUGAUAUACAUUUAUCAAAGGUGAUCAGGCAAACUUAUCUGUCGAAUACAAUGGAAAUGGAUGAACAACAAAAUUUGUGUUUAACAAGAAAUUACAGUAAUCAAAGUGAUUGUAGUAGUAGUGUAUGCAGUGGACAAAAUAGUAAUUGUGGUAGUAAUAGUUUGAUGAAUAGUAGUAGUAUUCAUAGUAGAGAAGCAACUGGUUGAAACAAAACAUCAAUGACUACUGAUACUAAUGUUUCAUCAAAACUUCACUGAGUGAUGUUCUGUACACGUUUUUUUUCUUCUUCAUUUAAGUUACUUUUCAUUUCAUAUCAAUACCAUAUCCAAAGAAAUUACAUUCCAUGAAAGCAGAAAUGACAUAAAAUAUGCUGAUCACUGUAGUACUAGCAGUGGUAGUAGCAACAACAAGCGGAAAGAUUAACCACAGUACCACAAAAAAAACUAAUUAUUACAUACCACUCAAGAAACAUCAAUGAUAUUAGUAUCAGUACUGGUAGUGAUAGAUAAAUGGUAUUGAUUUAUUCCAAAUAUUUCAUUGUUUGUCAUGUUUUUGUACACCUUGUCUCUCUUGAAUAUUCUUCUCCAUCUUUGCAUUUACAUGUAAUUAUUCAGUUAAUUUCUAGCUGAUUUUAUGCUUCAGAAUAUUAAUGAUAAUAAUAAUAAUAAUAAUAAUAAUAAUAAUAAUAAUAAUAAUAA